GCCCGCGGCCCGAGCGCUCGGGGAAGGCGCGCGGGAAGCGCGGCCCGACCCGAGCGCCAUGAUGGUCGCCGCGGUUCGGAGCCCAUUUUCUGCAGGGGGAGCUGCAAUGAUGCAAUCCCCCGGCCCCGCGUCCCCGCCGCGCGCCCGCUCCCUGCCUUUUCUUCGCGGCCCUUUGAGGCGCGUCGACGUUUCGCGCCCAACACGCACCCAUUUAUUUUUGCAUUUUGCGCCUUCCGAUAACUGCCCCCUGUAUGUCCCCACGCGAGACGGGCCUGGGACGCGGACGGCCGCACGGGGACUUGGGUGUCGGUGCAAACGCUGCACUUUCGCUUCUGCAGGGACACCUUUUCGGUCCGAGGGAAGCUUGCGGACAGCAAGUGCGUACGCUCGCAAGGAUGAAGAUGAAAUGGCGAAGGCAGCGUUGCGCGGCCGCGGAGGAAGGUCGCUCGGCGCGGCGGGGCGGUGGGCGCGCCCCUGUCCUGUGGAUCCGCGGUCCCUUCCGUCCUCCAGUCACAGCCCCAGCCCCACGUUUGCCCAUUUCUUCCCUGCCCCGGUGCCCCGCGCUCGACAGCGGGGAUGCGAUGGGGCGGGGGGGGGGACUCCGCCGGGCGGCUCUAAGGUUGGAAGGGACCCCGCGGGCGGCGGUGGCGCUCGGCCCCUCCUGCGCGCCGCCGCGGUCCUCCCCGGCCGCCGGCGAGCCGGGCAGCCUUUCGAAAUGCGCGGGGCUGCGGAUCAUUGGAGCCCAGGGUGGGGGUGGGAGCGGGCGGCUGCCCGGGAGGGCCCACGGACUCGGGAAGGUUCUCCCGUUCGCUCAGCUCCCCGGCCCGCCACCGCCCGAGAACUGAGGAGAGGUGAUGAGGGGGGACAGUUUGUGAGAAACCGCCCCGCGCCGCUGCGCGGGCCCGGGCGCAGCCGCCCUGCACGGCCUGCGGGCGCCCCGGGCGCGGGAACUGCGCGCACCGACCCCGCCGGCGCGGGCGCUGCCUGUGGCGGGCGGAGAGGCGAGACUCGAGGGGCUCCCGGUCCCGGGGGCGCCAGCCUGCCCGACCCCCGCAGCGGCCCGGGCGGGCGGGUGCGGGGCUUCGGGGCAGUUUGCGGAGCCGGCGGCGCACUGCCCCGGGCAGCGGGGUGGGGGCUGGGGCUGGGGCCGGGGCCGGGGCCGGCGGCCGCAUCCCCGCCUAGGGACGCCCGCAGCCAGCCCCGCCGUCCGGGGCCGGGGAGAGGACGCCCGGGACUCGAGGACGCCCUUGGAGAGUUGACACCGACGUGUAAAGGAUCGACCCGGUGA